AUGUCGUCAUGGCUGUACAAACCGCAACAGUACGCUCAAAUCAACAGCGGGGAUGAGGCUGGCGAGGAGACACAGACAAGAGAGUCGCGGCUAGGAAGAUACUGGCGGUGCAGCAAGAUUCAUUUAUUCUACGCGAUCCUCCUCAUCGCGGUAGCUGCCGUCAGCAGACAUACUUCUCCGGGCAGCACUCAACAAGAAUAUUAUGGAGAUGAGCCAGUCAAGACAGAACUUCGCUUAUCCACUGUACCCAGAACCUUUGAGCUGGACCUGGACUACGCCAUGCCCCCUUCUGUAAAGGUCGAUGAAGCGUGGGCAUCCAUCUUUCCCAAAGAAGGCGGCUUCUUUCAACAUCCAAAGCUGGCCCCCCACAAGAGCUGCAUAGCUGUUUUCCACCAACUCCACUGCCUCGACAUGAUCCGGCAGGCCCUAUACGAGGCACGACCCGACUUCGCAAACCAAGCUUACAACGCCUCUCGCCCGGCAGACCCUCGCCCGGAGCAUGAUGCGGCACAUGACCAUAACCACUCCCACGACAUGUAUCACAUCGGCCACUGCUUUGAUCUCGUUCGUCAGUCGAUCAUGUGCAAACCCGACCUGACGAUCGAAGUAGGGGAUCCUGCGGUCAGCGGCGUGACGGGGUUUGGCACUGAGCACCAGUGCGUCAAUUGGCAACAGUUAAUGGACUGGAUGAGGGAUAAUGAACAAAGUUCGUUCUACUGA